AAUUAAUGUAGUAUCUUGGACAAGCUAAUUAAGUGCGUUACUGUUACAGGAAGGCGAUUUUUAACGAGACGGGCGGAAAAUUAAUUUCGAUAUAGGCAAUUUUACGCGAUCAAGGACGGAGGAAAAGUAGACGGGCGACGAGGUUUGUCGUUUUUAAUUUAGAAAAUUUUCACUAAAUUCUUCUCGGUAAAUUAAUCGAUCAAUCAGGACUGUGACAAUGCCAGCGCUUUUUUCGCUGCCUUAUUAGAAAAAUUAAUAUUUUCUAUUUAUAGACACGUAACUUCUUCGUAUGCCUGGCGGGUAAUUAAUCAUUUACAUCGGCGGUAAUAAAUAAAUUACAUCCUCAAAUUUAGGAAAUUACAAUUAAUUAAAUUCGCUCAAAUCCAAUUUGCGUAUUUGCAUUUAGUUUAAAUUUCAUUCGAGCGGUCAGUUGACGAACGAAUGCUUCCUUUAAUUAUCAACGUUUUCAUACCGCAAACUAUUGAAAUUGGUUACCAGAUUUCGUUGUUAAACAGCCAUUGCAGACACAUGUAUUUAUAAUGGAUCUGGACGAUAUUUUACCCAGUGUGGGCGAGUUCGGAAAAUAUCAGAAGCUUGUGAUAUGCUUUAUUUUAUUACCGGCCGUUUUUCCGUGCGGUUUUCACGCUUACAACCAACUGUUUAUGGCCUCUGUACCGAGGCACCGAUGCAAUAUCUCACAUUUAUUAAAAGAAGCUUCUUCGGGCAAUAUAAGUGUUCCCUUAGAGAUUGGUCCUGAUGGGAAAGAGCGGUAUAGUCAGUGUAUUUACACCAAUUAUUCGCAAAUUAUACCUUGUAACAACAGUUGGCAAUACGAAGGAGAAGUCACUAAUUCCGUGGUAUCUGAGUGGAAUCUAGUCUGCGACGAGGACUUUUCGGCGACUUUAGCUCUUGUGUUAUUCGGCGCCAGCGGAUUAAUCGGCAAUUACGUCUUCGGAUACGUUCAGGACGGUUUCGGACGAAAACCAGCCUAUUACCUUUAUUUAUUAAUCGACAGCAUCUUCGGAAUUGCCACGGCUUUCGCCACCAAUUACACUAUGUGGGUAAUAUUCAGAGUGGGCGUCGGGUUCACCAUACCCGCCCUUUUGGGCACACCCUAUGUCCUAGCCAUAGAACUGGUCGGACCGAGAGAUAGAACACUAGUUACGAUUCUCAUCAACAUAGCCUAUUCGCUGGCGCUGAUAACGCUGGCCGUAAUCGUUUGGGCCAUAAGAGAUUGGAGAUGGAUGGCUCUAACGACAACCCUUCCGUUUUUACUGCUCUUUCUCUCGUGGCCUCUCUUGCCGGAGAGCCCGAGGUGGCUGAUGGCCCGGGGAAAAUUCGACAAGGCCGAGCGCAUCUUACAGAAAAUGGCAAGGAUAAACGGAAAACAACUACCGAAUGACUUCGUUAACAAAUGCGAAAAAGAAAACAGGCCCAGCCAUUCGCCCACAACCGGUAAUCCGCGGAAGAAACUCAAUUACGGCAUAAAAGAUCUGUUCGAAUCGAAAAAUCUGCGAUGGAAAACGAUCAUCAUAACGUUUUUGUGGUUCACGAACACCAGCGUGUACGUGGGCCUUUCCUAUUACGCCCCCUCGCUCGGCGGCGACGAGUAUUUGAAUUUCUUCCUCGCCGGCGCCGUCGAACUGCCCACCUACCUCUUUCUCUGGCCCUCCAUGGAGAGGCUGGGCAGGAGGUGGACGCUCUGCAUCAGCAUGAUCAUCGGCGGGACCUCUUGCUUGGCCACCGUCCUAGUGCAAAAUGAUUAUGUAACAACGUUGCUUUUAUAUUGCGUUGGUAAAAUGGGUAUAUCCUCUUCAUUUGUUGUCCUACCUCUAAUGGCAUCAGAAUUAUACCCAACUGUCGUACGAGGCCUUGGAAUGAGUUUAAGUUCAAUGAUUGCGAUGUUGGGACCGAUUUUCAUACCUCUAGUGAAUUACUUGGGCUCGGAUAUUUUGAUAUUGCCUCUAAUUAUAAUGGGAGCCAUGCUGAUAAUGGGUGGCGUCUCCUCGUUACUCUUGCCUGAAACUCUACACCAGCAUCUUCCGCAAACGCUGGAAGACGCCGAAAAUUCCUCGCUCGAUUGCUCGGCGUUCUGCAACCCGCCCAGGAAACUCGAAAAGAACGUUCAAGGGUUCGAAACCAAGUUAUAAUACCUACCUGUAAUGUAAUUCAAAAGAGAAUUGGAAAUUUUUAUCAAAAAUAUUUUGGGUCGAUAGUGACGUCAUAGUUACUUUCAUUGCCAACCAUAAGAUGUUAAUUACACUGAUUGUCAAUUUGAUUUCAAUUUGUGGAUUUGGUGGAAAAGUAUUUUUACGUUGGUACUAGUGCUGGGUGAAAUGUUCAAAUAUGUCGGUUUUUGACAAUUACUUCUGUCAAAUGAAAUCGAAAACUUGGUAUUUGGUAUAGCAAUAAUAUUAGAAUAUUUUGUACGUAAACGUAAUUAUAUAAUGUAACAAACCUCCUGAAAUUUCCGCAAAUUAAAAUUACGUAAGUAGUUUUGAGGUUAAUGUUUUAUGACGUCACUAUAUAAAUUUAAAUUUUUUGACAUUUGUUUUAAUAGGAUUACAAUGACAUUUUCUACAUUGAAUCAAGUACGUGUACCUUAAGGUACAAGAUGGCGACCGAGUGAAAAUAAUUUUAAUAAUACAUUAUACGUCUAAUCUCUCUUUUUGAUAAAAUGCAGGUGCGUGAUAUAAGUCUAUAAAUAUUGUCUAGUCUAGUAGCUUCAUUAAAAAAUAAAAUCGAG